CACAGUAUAAAACAAAAAGAAAAGUGUACAUACAUACAUCGCUACAGAACUGCCAAAUUAUUUUAAACUAAUGAAUUAAAUUCGGAAUUGUCGUAAAAAUAAGUUAUUUCCGGCAGACGUUAGUCGAUUAAUAUAUAUUUUAGAUCAACCUUGAAGUCAGGAGCACUAAUACUGAAAUGUGUUUCUUUAGCUGCAUAUCACGAUUCAUGUUUUUCGUAUACGGCACUUUGGGACCGGCAUGGCACACCUACAAGACACUCAACAGCGGGGAUGAGGAGUUCCUGGCCUGGGCCAAGUACUGGAUAGUGUACGCCUUCCUGGUCACCUUCGAGGUGCUGGCGGACAUCUGUUUGUCUUGGCUGCCCCUCUACAUGCCCACCAAGUUUCUCCUGAUUCUGUGGAUCGUCCUGACAGCUCCAUCAGCCAAUGUCUGGAUAUUCGACGCCAUUCUGCGUCCAAUGUUGAGCAAGCGGCAGGAGCAGAUCGAUCACUUCCUGCACCGAGGCAAGGACAAGAUGCUGAGCGACGCCUUCUUUUCGAUGAAACAGUUGUUUAUCAGUAGUAAAUCCAUUGUUGGGCCUUUUUUGAUUAAUUUGUGGUCAAGAUCGAAAAUCUCACACACGGACUCUGAAAACGACAAGGAUUUCGGAACUGCAACUGGCCUAGGUGGAGAAGGUGGCAGUGGGACGUCUGAGGAUACUGAAUCUGUCCUCGGCUCGGUCCGCACAUCUGCUCAAAAUCUGUCCUCUUGUUCCAGUCUUGUGGACAGUCCACGGUUCGUGAUCGAUGAUUCCGAAGAGAUUCAGAUAGGCGUUUCAAAAGCCACCACCCAUCUGCAUCCGGACAAAUCAUUGGGCGAUCUGGCCAAGAAGAACAUUAUGGCCCUAGAGUCAUCCGGCAUUCUAAAUCGCCGCGUUCAACUUCCUCGAAAAACGCUCAAGGCGUCCUCAACAAACGAGGUAUCUGUCACUAGUAUUUCUUCCAAAGCGAAGAUUGAGGGUCCCCAUGACGAUGUUGAGGAUCUGCUGGCCAAGACCAGAAUCGAGGCCAACGGCCAGGAAGUCCGUCAACAACGUCUACCGGCCUAUCGUCGCCGUCUCUAACCCACUAAGCUGGCAGGAAAAUAGUACAUGUUUAUCUUUCUUAUGUCCAAAAAUUAUGUUACAAUUACUCAUUGCUAAAUAUAAGCAUAAAAUCACAAAAA